AUGGAGUUUGUUGAUCCGGAGCCUACUGUGGCCCUUGAGCCAGUUGUUGCUCCUGACCCCGCAUUUGAGCAUGACCCUGAUCAUGCCGAUGCACCUGUUGUUGCUCCUUUGGUUGAUGAUGUACCUGUUGAUGAUCAUCCUGUUGUUUUCCACAUGCCGGUGAUGUUCGACUGUGCACCUUUCGCGACCCAUAUUGAUCCACGAUACGCGCACACCCACAAUGGGUGGAUAGACGAUGAUGAUGAUUUUCCACCUUUCGUGGUACCAGUUACACCUGUUUCAGCCCCUAUUUCGGUUCCUAUUGAUGUUCCUUUGAUUCCCACACAUACUACAGAGGUUCACCGUACCGACUUACCUAUUACAUUUCGUCAGGACAUACCUCUGCCACGUCCUGGGGAGGGUUCAUCUCGUCAGCCAUUUGGUCAUGUACCUUUCAUGUCAGGAGGAGACCAGUUUGUACCCCAGGUUCCUCAUCAUACUGUUGUUCCCCCUGUCAUACCAUCUGCUGUACCAUCCUUCGCUCCAUCUAGUGAGCCGUUCCUCUGGACUUCACCACCCAUUAUGCCAUCCAUGUCACCCAUACCACGUGGGGUAUUCUACAGAGGAUAUUCUCAGAUCUUUCAUGAUACAGCAGGAGGCACUGACCCGUCUCGUAUAGGAGCUUUAGAGAGCUCAGCGACUCCCGUGCCAGUGCCAGACUCCACCUGCAGUAUCACACCCCCCUCGUCCGUUAUCUCCUGA